UUGGUCGCACCGAUGUAAACAGAAUUUUUCGCAGUAAAUAUAUUUUAUGCUGAAUUAUUUUAUUAAAAUAAGUCCGAGUUGAAGUACUUUUCAAAAUGGAGAUGGUUGACCCAGAUGCACAUUUGGUGGCCCUAAAAGUUAUGCGCUUGAUGCGGCCCACUUUGGUGGGAGUUGGACCCGUCGUAACUUGCGAGCCCACGGAUUUGGUUCAGAAAUUCAGCAACUCGCAGGAGAGUGACGGAAUAUCUGGGGCUUGUGCCGAAACCUUGGCGGCGGGACAAGUUCUGCUGCUGCCACAAUCUUUCGGAAGCAUUUAUCUGGGCGAAACAUUCGCCAGCUACAUCUGCGUCCACAACACCACCGCCAAUCCUGUGGAAUGUGUGACAGUUAAAGCGGAUCUUCAGUCGAACACGACACGCAUAAACUUGUCCAUGCACGAAAAUGCCAAAUCUCCAGUGGUUUUGGCUCCGGGAGGAACCAUCGACGAUGUUAUACGAUACGAAGUUAAGGAAAUUGGAACUCACAUUCUCGUCUGCGAAGUAAAUUACUCGACUCCAGCAGGCUAUGCACAGUCCUUGAGAAAGUUCUUCAAGUUUCAAGUUUUAAAGCCCCUCGAUGUGAAGACCAAGUUUUACAAUGCGGAAAUCGACGAAAUAUACUUGGAGGCCCAGAUCCAAAACGUGACCAACAGCCCCUUCUGCCUGGAAAAGGUGGAAUUGGAUGGUUCCGAGGACUACUCCGUAACCCCAUUGAAUACGCUGCCGAAUGGCGAAUCUGUUUUUACGGUGAAGCACAUGCUGCAGCCCAAUAACAGUUGCCAGUUUCUUUAUUGCAUUAAGCCCAAAGGAGAUAUUGCAAAGGACAUAGAUACUCUGCGGCAAUUCAACAAUGUGGGAAAACUGGAUAUUGUCUGGAGGUCGAAUCUUGGGGAAAAGGGCAGGCUGCAAACCAGUCAACUGCAGAGGCUGCCCUUUGAGUGCAAAACCCUCCGUUUGGAAGUUCUGGAUGCGAAGAAUACAAUCAAAAUCGGCACAAUAUUCACGUUCAACUGUCGGGUGACGAAUACCUCCGAACAGGCGAUGAAAUUAAAUGUGCGCCUGGCUACCAAGUACUCAGCGGAUAGUCAAUACACGGGAUGUGCCGAUUUUAUGCUGGGUUUGCUGCAAAGCGGAGAAUCUGCCGAGUUUCCGCUGUCCGUUUGUCCAUCCAAACUGGGCCUCGUUAAAAUAACUCCACUGAUAUUGACCAACACACUCCAAAAUGAGCAGUUCACCAUUGAUAAUGUCGUCGAUGUUUUUGUGGUAAAUUCGGACUACGACAACGAUCCCACGACGCACCAGAACAAAUUGAUUCGCUACGAAAGUGCUGCAAACUGUUUAGCUCAAAAGCAAGUUCAACUGCAGGUUGUAUAAUAUUGUCUGUUAAUAAAUGUAUAAAUAUCAACUCU